AUGUCUUUACAACAAUACUGGCAAACACAAAACUCUUUCUUCGAUUUAUCGGCUGGAUCGAUAAACAAACUCGGUUAUUGCAACUAUUUUACAGAUCCACAACAAGAAGAAUACGACGGCGCCAAGCCACUUCGAAAACGUCGAGAUGAUACUAACGAUAUUAUCAAUCAACUCUUCGACGCAACAUUGGUACGACGACCAGGUCAACGUGAAAUCGUUCGCGUCGGUGGACGAAAGAACAAGAACGAAAUCUUAGGUUUAACAAAUGCUCGUCUUAUUAAGAACAUUCAUUUAAAUGGCGACAAAUAUUCACGUGACAUCGAACUUGUACGUGGUAUUCAAACAAACGUGAACAAUGGCGAUUUUAUUCUUGUCCUUCGUACUGAUGGUCGCAUCAUCGCUAUGAGUGAUGAAGUUGAAAAUCAUUUAGGCAAGACAAUGCGUUCAUUGUACACUCAGUGCAUGAAUCUUUAUGAUUGUCUUGAUAAGGCCGAUCGAGAAAAGUUACGUGACGUUUUAGUAACAUCCGAUGACGUGGCAAAUAAGGAACAUCAACUUGUUUGCACUUUUCGUUUACCGAAAGGUAAACGUCCAAGUCGAACGCGUGAAGACGUAAAGGCAAUUUCAAUGGCUGGCCAUUUCUAUUCAUGUCAUGAUGCAUGUUAUGAUCGUUUAUUUGUUGCUCGUUGUCAAGCUUUAGUUUCUCGUACAACAAACGAGACGAGUUCAUCGCAAACAACUUUGACGAAUACAUCAAUGAUGAAAAUAACUUUAAAUGAUGAUAUGACUGUUAGUAUGGUCUCAUCAAAUGUCAAAGAUGUUCUUGGUUAUGCACGAAAUGAAAUUAUCGGAAACUGGUUUGGCCGUUACUUAUCAUCAGAAGAUUUGGAAAAAUUCGAAAACAUUCGGCAACUAUAUUAUCAAAACGAACAACAAGUACCAAAAAGUAUUUGCGAAUUAUUCGAUAUCUACUCAAGUCAUGGUGAAAGCCGACUGACAUUCUUAUGUCAAAUUCGACCAAUACGUGAACGACGUGCAAAAUCAAUCAAAUAUGCCAUUGUUGCUCAACUAAUUGAUCCAUCAAUGCGAAACGAAUAUAUGAAGUAUGUUCAUGAUGAAGCUGAACCGAAUCAAGUGACAAUCAAAGUCGAACAAGUAAAUCUGGUUUCCCCGCCAAUGCCUAAGCCGAGCGAAGAUUCACUCAUGGCCGAUAGUCCGUCGCUCUCCAUGGGUCUCCUCAUGUUCGACAAUGUCAACAAUAAUGAAUGUAGCCCACAACAACAACAACAACAACAACCGUCGCCUAUCUCUCGAUCACUCUCAAACGUUGUUGCACCAUUCAUAUUCGACGAUGAAACUUCAGAAUUGUUCCAAUACCAAUACGGUCAAGGUUCAACCAACGCACCUAUACAGUACUGGCCAAGCAAAGUCAUCGACGAUACAUUUAUCAAGUAUCAAUUUGAACAAGAACUAGCCAGUAUCGAUGCACUCAUCAAUGAUUUCUAA